CUCGAAAUAGACCAAUCAGAUAGCGUUGUGGGCGGGGAUUCGUCCGCUUUAUAAAGUUAGUGUGGCUGCACCGCAGUAGGAUAUUUUUCCGUUUUAUUUUCCACACUGGUUGUUUAGUCACAAAGGGCUGCGAGAAGCCAAAAAAUGUUACCUCUCAUCACAUUGGCUUUGUGCCUGAGUGCCGCCGCUUCAGCGCCCAACCUGGACCCCCAACUGGACCAGCACUGGGACCUGUGGAAGAGCUGGCACUCCAAGCAGUAUCACGAGAGGGAGGAAGGCUGGAGAAGAAUGGUGUGGGAAAAGAACCUGAAGAUGAUUGAGGUCCACAACCUGGAGCACUCCAUGGGCAAACACUCUUACAGCUUGGGCAUGAACCACUUCGGAGACAUGACGAACGAGGAGUUCCGUCAAAUCAUGAACGGCUACAAGCGCGGCAACCAGACGCAGAAGAAGAUAAAAGGAGCGCUCUUCCUGGAGCCCAACUUCCUAGAGGCGCCGCGCUCGGUGGACUGGAGAGACCACGGAUACGUCACGCCCGUCAAAGACCAGGGUCAGUGCGGGUCCUGCUGGGCCUUCAGCACCACGGGUGCCAUGGAGGGCCAGCACUUUCGCAAGACUGGCACACUGGUGUCCCUGAGCGAGCAGAACCUGGUGGACUGCUCCCGUCCCGAAGGCAACGAGGGCUGCAACGGGGGUUUGAUGGACCAGGCCUUCCAGUACAUUAAGGACAACAACGGCCUGGACUCUGAGGACUCUUAUCCCUACCUGGGAACCGAUGACCAGCCGUGCCAUUACGACCCGUCGUUCAACUCUGCCAAUGACACUGGCUUCGUGGACGUGCCCAGCGGGAAGGAGCACGCCCUCAUGAAGGCCGUGGCUUCCGUCGGACCCGUCUCCGUCGCUAUCGACGCCGGGCACGAAUCCUUCCAGUUCUACCAGUCGGGCAUCUACUUCGAGAAGGAGUGCAGCAGCGAGGAGCUAGACCACGGCGUGCUGGUAGUUGGUUACGGCUUCGAGGGCGAAGACGUUGACGGCAGGAAGUAUUGGAUCGUCAAGAACAGCUGGAGUGAAAAAUGGGGCGACAAAGGCUACAUCUACAUGGCCAAAGACCGCAAGAACCACUGCGGGAUCGCUACCGCCGCUAGCUAUCCACUGGUCUGAUGAGCGACACUGACGUCAGGAGAUGUUUAGUCUUUUUUUAAAAAACUAUUUCAAUGUGUGGAAGCAGGAGAUUUCAUUUUUAGUCACACAAAAAAUGAGUGUUCUUAGGGAAAGGACGCCUUUUUUUUGCCAAUUUUUAUUGAACAAAUUUUAGUUGUUGUCUUUUAUUCUUUGUACAUAUGCUGCUCAGUGAGUGGAGAACUCAUUGGUUCUUGUAAAUGUGUCAUUUUAUGAUUUUUGUGUUGCGUUGUCCAUUAAAGGUGUGAGACACUA